AUGUCAGUGUUUCAGAUUCCAGUGAGCACUCUAAAGGAGAUAAAGAGAGCCAUUGCUCUCUUCUGGUGGGGACAACAACAAGAAGAAGGGAAAACACAUUGGCUUAAAUGGAAGGAAUUGUGUCGACCAAAGAAACUGGGAGGCAUGGGUUUCCGCAAUCUACAAAGUUUCAACCUAGCUCUAUUGGGAAAACAGUUAUGGCGCAUAAUCCAGCAUCCUGAAACCCUAGUGGCUAAAGUAUCGAAGGCAAAAUACUACCAUGAUAGAGAUCCUCUAGAAGCAGAGGUGGGGAAAAACCCCAGUUGGAUUUGGAGAGGACUAAUGGCAGCAAAGGAUUUGGUAAAGAGAUGA